UGAGGAUAUUCAUGUGAAAGAAGUUGUGUUUGGCGUCUGAUUAGGAGUGUGAAUCAAUGCGUCCUCUCAGCGGGGGAUUUCUGCGCUCUAAAAGCGUGGUGCCCUGAAGGCCCUCGGUUAACCCUACAACACUAGGGUUGUAAUGUGACCAAAUAACUAAAUAUUCGCAAAGCCAAAAAUAGUUUUUGCCGUCCUCAGCUCUUUAAUGGGAGACGGUCUGCAGUACAGGUCACAUCAUUCACUUUUCGAGGGAAGUCUAAGGGUUUGCCGUGAGAUAAUGUUAGCUUUUCCCUGACCUCCCUGAUGUUCUAACUAUACUUCUUUAAGCGGCUAUUUUAUCAGCAGUUUUUAUUAGAAUAGGGAGCUUUUUCUGCAGGGAAAAAAAACACUGAUCGAGUUCCCAAGGCCACAGAAGGAUGAGUCUAGAGGAGGACACAUCUCACGCCGAGUCUCACACGGACGUCGUCCCUGGAAGGAAGACAGACUGCAGAGUCUUAUCAUAGAUUUAAAUGAGCAGACAUUAACGUUCGCUAACUUCUCGGCUACAGCUGUUAAUUAACAACAAACGUCACUCAGAGAAAAACGGCAGAUCUGAAGAUCAGAGUGUAUAGAAGAGAUCCGCGCUGAGGACAACAGUAUGAAUUUCCAUGCCAGAAGAGUCACAUUGCCCACUAUCACGCCUCUCUGCCUGCCGAAAAGGGUAAUCAAAGUGUACAGUGAAGACAACACCAGCCGUGCAGUGGAGGUGCCCAGUGACAUCACCGCCCGGGACAUAUGCCAGCUGUUCAUCCUGAAGAACCACUGCAUUGAUGACCACAGCUGGACCCUGUUUGAGCAGAUUCCACAUCUAAGUAUCGAGAGAACAAUAGAAGACCAUGAGUCAGUUAUGGAGGUUCAGGCAGGCUGGGGAAUGGACUCACAGUGCUGUCUGUACUUCAGGAAGAAUUAUGCCAAAUACGAGUUCUUCAAGAAGCCUCUUGACUUUUUCCCUGAGCACAUGGUGUCUGUAUCCAGUGAAAGCAAUGGAAUCAUGAACCACUCACAACUUAUACAGACCUUUCUCAGUUCCAGCUCUUGUCCUGAGAUUCACGGAUUCCUUCACGCCAAAGAGCACGGCAGGAAAUCCUGGAAGAAGUUCUACUUUGUGUUACGAAGAUCAGGACUGUACUUCUCCAACAAGGGCACAUCAAAGGAACCCAGACACUUGCAGUUCAUUGCAGAGUUCGGUGACAGUGACGUCUACACGUUAUUAUCUGCUAAAAAAGUUUACGGCGCCCCGACAGACUACGGCUUCUGUGUGAAGGCAAGCAAGUCCAAUUCUGCACGUGACCUGAAGCUGCUCUGUGCGGAUGAUGAGCAAACCAGGACAUGUUGGGUUACAGCCAUGCGCCUCUUCAAGUAUGGUAUGCAGCUUUACCAGAACUUCAUCCAGCCCUAUCAGAAGCAGAAGAGUUCUCCAAUGAGGAGCAUCUCGGAGAACUCACUGGUGGCCAUGGACUUCUCAGGACACAAGAGUCGGGUGAUCGAGAACCCGUCGGAGGUGCUGUCAGUGGCUGUGGAGGAGGGCCUGUCGUGGAGGAGGAAAAGCUGCCACAGGCUGAGCUCUCAUGGUAGUCCGUCCACCUCUCAGAGCUCCAUGUCCAGCAUAGCUAUCCAUGUGGCUCAGCCGUGGUUUCACAGCAAACUGUCCCGGGACGAGGCUCAGAAACUAAUCAAUCAGCAGGGCCUCAUCGAUGGGGUGUUUCUGGUAAGGGACAGUCAAAGUAACCCGAGGACAUUUGUUCUGUCACUGUGCCACACGCAGAAAAUCAAACACUUUCAGAUUGUACCCGUUGAAGAGAACGGCGAACUCUUCUACAGUCUGGACGACGGACACACGCGUUUCACUGACCUGCUGCAGCUAGUUGAGUUUUACCAGCUGAACAGAGGCAUUCUGCCCUGCAAGCUUAAACAUCACUGUGCCCGCAUCGCCCUCUGAACCGCUGCGGGACGUUCUGGACAUCAGCUUGUGCCUUGGACAGGAAGCCGUUUCACUGUCCACUCCCUGAUGAGCAUUAGGGUCUGAACUCUAAGACUUUGAUAUGGACGAGCAUCGCUAAAGAGACUGGACUUCAGCGAGGGAUGAUCGUCUGUGGUGCGGCAGUGUAGAUGGCAAUGUGUAAUGUACUAUAUCCUGAUACAAACACUCUCAGUGUGGAUGAGACCACCUUAUUAAGCUAUCAAUCAAAGCUGAUGUUUAACGGCAGACCGUCUUGGGUCUCUGUAUGGUGUGAACAAAGUAAAGCCGGGUGCACAUGCAACAAUUUUUACUAUCAAUUCACAGUUUAAUCUUGAGAAUAGCAAAUCAUUUUUUUAUAAAUAAUAACAUAAAUAUAAUAAUAAUUAU